AUGACUACCAAUCCUUCAGAAGAUUUCGAUGAUCAAAAGUCUGUGGGUGCCGGUGAUGCACCUCCCUCGUACGAUACGACACCUCUGUCUGAAUCAUCAUCGGCCACUCUCCAAUCAUCUUUCUUUUCCUUGUUAUUCGUCGCCAGGCAGAAAUGCACCGCGGUUCUAUCGCGCAUCCGUGAUAUCGUUCUCACUCCAGAUUUCAACCCAUCCUCCGCCGCCUCAAUUAUUAACGUCUGUGCUGCUGAUCUUACAACUCAAGAGUUCUCCAAGCUUCUACAAACACCAAAUAUCGAGGAUCACACAGCGCUAUAUUGGGCAAUUGUGAACAACCAUGACCACGCAUCGUUUACGCACCUGAAAUUGGCAAAUAUUGAUGGUUGUCCACCGGAUGAGAUUGAAGUGCAUGAGGUCAAGAUGGGCAACAGCCAUCAGUUUGUCGUUUCUUUCCGCAUCAGGAAGUUCCAGAGACGCCUGCGCAUCACGCACAAGUUAAAUUAUGAAUUUGUCGCAGAUGGACGUAUAUGGUUUCUCCGCUUUGAUAUGUACACUGUUGAGUGGAAGUGGCGCGUUCUGUAUGGCAUUUCUUCGCCUAGCCUUCCAGCUUGCACGAAAGCUUCAUUUAAGAUAGAAGGGAAACCUGGCCGCAAACCCCUGAAGCUGUCGCCGGGUGAUAAUUUCCCCGAGACAAUUGUGCCACAAGAACCUGGUUACCUUGAAAAAUAUAGCGGGGUAGCUGGCGAGCCUACUAUCUACAUGUGGUGGCCAUUGGGCGAUUGGGUGAUGUACGAGUAAGUCUUUAGCUUCCUUAGC